UCGGCUUCGGCUACGGCUUGGCAGACAUUUUUUUCUUUCUACAAUUUUAAAUUAAAUUUAUUAGAAUAAAUGCUUCGAACACACGCGAUCUAAGUACCUUUUGUGUUUAUUAUACCUUACCUACCUAGGUAUAAAAAGAGUACUUACGUAGAUUUUCUUUUAUUAACUGUUUUAUACGAAGAUCUUGAUCUCUCAAAUUAGCAUCCAUUUUACUUCCAGUGAUUAUCAACUAAAUUAAUAAUCCACAAAGUAUUAAAUAACGUUUUUAUGAAAUAUUUAGCACAAAAACAAUACCCUUUAAAUAUCGAUCGUCAGUAACUGUGGCUGACUUACCUAUAUUCUAGCAAGCAGGACUGCCAGAUGUGAAGGGGAAAUCCCCAAUAAAUUGUUGCAUGUGACUGAUGAUGUGAGCAUGUUCGUUUCAUAAUAAAAAUGUUGCCAGGUAACCAAAAAGUCGUAUGUUUUUGUGCGAAUUACGAUCAUAAUCUUUACGAUCGUACAUUAAAAAAUAGACAAAUAAUAGUAUGAGUACGAUUUAAAUCGUAUAUCUGUCAACCCUGCUAGCAAGACAGCGACAAAAUCACGUUGCAUAACAAUGUAGCCCAAGCUUAUAUCUUAUGAAAUAUACGGAAGAGAUACGGACUUAGAAAAAACAGAAAUGUUGUUCUUUGUGGAAGUCAUUGAUGAAAUUCUAUGUAUUUUAGCCCGCAAACUUUCUUCAAACAAAAACAGCGCCAUCUAGUAUCGAGUUCUGUAAUUAUCUCUUUGUUUAUGGAUUUGAAGUAAGACCGCCACGCAUGCAAUACACUAUGACUGGGGAUUCCCCUAUUCGUCGACGCUGAAUAUGAGGCGACGACAAUCACUGUCAAACGUGUUCACUAUUACUCUGACUCUGGUAACGUGACUUCCUGGUAACGUGUUAGGUAGGAAAAGCAGUAAAAAAGUGCAUAUUAAGGGAGCAGAUUUGAAAUAAUAUUUAUACUUAACAAGAAAUAAUUAAAGGUUCAAUGGGGAGACCUAAAGAUUUACGCAUAUGGGAGCACUACCGUACUUUACCAAACAAGUCUGUUUCUUGCAAGCUUUGUAAUAAGGUCUACAAAUUCAGUAAUGCUGCCAAAAUGCUUCAACAUCUUAUCACUUGUCCAAAAUCUCCAGAAACAUUAAAAGACUCUAUGAAACUUAUAAAAGAUAGCUCGUCCAAAACCAAAAUGUCUGGACUGUCAGAGAUAGAGACAAAUGAUUCUUUUAUAAGCCCCUCGUCGUCUGCUAACACUACAAUAAAUGCUGAGUUUCAAGACACCGAUGAUCAUAUAAAAACAGAAUUAGCGAGAGCUAUAUUUGUAACAGGGACGCCAUUAUCGAUGGUGCAACAUCCUUUAUGGAUACAAUUUUUCGAAAAAUUGCAACCAAAAUUUAAAAUACCUUCACGUAAAGCUUUAGCGACAAAAUACUUAGAUAAAAUAUAUAGAGAAAUGCGUUUUGAGUUAAAUGAGGAACUAAAUGCUUGUAGUUACUUACACCUUCAGUGCGAUGGCUGGUCUAAUUUAAGAAAUGAAGGAAUAAUAAACUUUCUUAUAUCAAAACCUCAACCUGCAUACGUUAAAAGUUUGAAUACAGAAAGUAAUCCUCACACUAGUGAAUACCUUAGCCAAGAAGUUGAAAAAGUAAUGAAAGUGUAUGGAGCAAAUAAGUUUCUUGUACUUAUUGGCGAUAACGCUAGAAAUAUACAAAAGGCAUUCGAAUUAACAAAACUCAAAUAUCCACAUGUUGUUCCUCUCGGUUGCUGUGCACAUAUCCUUAACUUGUUGUGCCAAGAUAUUGUAAAGAUACAAGAAGUAACUGUGUUUAUUAUGCAAGCCAUAAAUAUAAUAAAAACUGUUAAAAGGAGUCAACGAUUAAGUUCCUUGUUGAUAAAAUCAAGGCAGGGUGAAGAUUCUACACAAACACUAAAAUUGCCUUGUGCUACAAGAUGGGGAAGUCAUGUUACUUCGUUAAAAAGUUUGAAAGCAAAUAAGAUAGCUUUGCAAAUAUUAACAGUUAGAGAAGAUGUGGUAAUUUCAAGAGAUAUUAAAGAUUUAAUUCUAAGUGAUGAUUUCUGGACGAAGACAGGGGAAUGUAUAAGUAUUUUGGAACCAGUCACUGAAAGCAUAUUUUACUUAGAGAGCGACCAGAAUCGUUUGCAUCGCACAUACAUUACAUUUAGAGAUGUACAAGCUAAGAUACGUUUUGCAUUAAAUGAGAUUUCGACAUUGAGCGAAGAAAGCAAACAGCAGAUUCUAACAUCAGUAUCUUCAAGAUGCAAUAUGGCAAUGAGGCCAAUACAUUUUGCAGCAUAUAUUCUAGACCCCAGGACUCUAGGAGUCGAACUUACUCAAGAGGAAGAACUUAAGGGUAUGGAGUUUAUCUACAAUUUAAGCCAACACUUAAGUUUGUCAAAUGUAAUGGCAGAUUUGGCGUGUUAUAAAGCUAAAGAAAACUUUUGGGCCAGAGGAUUUGUAUGGAGCUCAUUAGAUAGCAUUGAGCCCCUAAUAUGGUGGAAAGGUAUUUGUGGUUCCACUGAGUUAAGCAAAGUAGCGAUUCGUAUUCUAUCAGCUCCCUGUACUUCGGCAGCCACUGAGCGUUCCUUUAGUAUCCAAGGCUACAUACAUAAUAACAAAAGAAAUCGACUUACAACUGAAAGAACUGAAAAAAUUUCAUUCAUUUGUUAUAACUGGAAUCUUAAACAUAAAGCUGAAUGCGAGGACAUUCAGUUUAAUGAAGAAAAUACCUUAGAAGCUUUCAUUGAGCAAGUAAAUGAACAUAACAGUUUAGACGAAAUAGAGCCUAUCGAACCUAUACAAUUCAUCGCUUGUAAUAACUCUGAAUCUGACAGUGAUUGACUGUAGUUUUACAUUUUACUUUCAUCUCUUUCUUAAUAAACUCAAAAUCAAAUUAAAAGUUUUUUAUUCUGUAGGCUGCAUAAUAAUAUUGUCUAUGUCCAGUAUAGUGGACGUCUUGCGGCUGAGAUGACGAUGAUGAAGUACAAAAUCAUAAACACCCAAAAAUUUGGGUGUUUAUGGGGUUUAAACCCAAUAAACCCAAAACACCCGGUUUUUACCCACCAGACUUUAAACCCACCCAGGUGGAUUGCCCA